ACUAUGUUAUUUGUACGCGGAUAUUAGCCUGCGACUAGUGCAAGAUUGAUUGUCCCAUUCGCGCAGAAAUCUGUGCUGGUUCUUUCUAUCACAAUGGCUUCUCCAAGCACAGUGUCCAGUGCCGAUGGUACUGAUAUUCUGCAAGGAAUAAUCAAAGACGACCCCGACAGUUUCUGGAUUUCUUCGAGCAAGACGUCCCUUGCUGAAGGAAUAAUCAAAGAUGACCCAGACAGUUUCUGGACAUCUCCAAGCAAGACGUCAACAUGGCCAAGUGCCGAUGGCAUUGAUGGUCUCCAACAUGACCAAGGAAUAAUCAAAGAUGACCCCGACAAUUUCUGGAGUUCUCCAAGCAAGACGCCCAGUGUUGAUGGCAUUGAUGCUCUCCAACAAGUAAUCAAAGAUGACCCUGACAGUUCCCAGAGUUCUCCUAGCAAGAUGCCCAGUGUCGAUGGCAAUGAUGUUCUCCAAGAAAUAAUCAAAGAUGACCCUGACAGUUCCCGAAGUUGUCCUAGGAAGACGUCCCGUGCUCAUGACCCCCAAGGCCAUGAAGGCAUAUUCCAAGGAGAUGACUCGGACAGUUCCUGGAGUUCGCCAAGCAAGAUAUCCCGUGCUGAUGACAUCCAAGAUGACGCUGACAUGUCUGACAGUACCUGGAGUUCAUUUUCAAGCGAAAGUGGUUCUGAAUAUGAACCCUCCAUUCACUCAAGUCAGAGUGACAUCACUACGGAGAGCGACACGGAGAGUGAAGAUUCUGAUGUGUCGCCACUGCCAAGAAAGAAACGUCCAGCAAAAAUUUUGCCAAAAGGACGACAACUGCCCUCUCGUCAUGGACAGGGCCAUGCGAUCUUGCCACCAGCAGCAACAGCCCAGCCAGCACAAACAAGGGCACCAGAUGGAACCAUUUGGUCCAGUGAUCCAAGCCCCACUGCCAAAAUGGCAAGGCCCAACAUUUUGACCCAGAAAGCUGGCCCCAGAAAUGUUGGUGGAGCAACCACGCCAUUGGAGAUUUUCGAAUUGUUUUUUCCAGCGGCCAUGUUGCAUGUCAUCUUGCAACACACUAAUGCCCAAGGAGUAAUGAAGAGAGGAAGGGAGUGGAAGAAUGUGGCAUUAAUGGAGCUGCAUGCCUUCUUGGGUCUCUUGUUGUACCUCGGACUGACAAAAUCUGGGCGCGAAAGAGUGCGCUCUUUCUGGGGCCAAGGAUUCUUCUGCAGACCACUGUGCUUAGCUACCAUGAGCAGUACACGAUUCCAAGACAUCCUGACCAUGCUCAGAUUCGACAACAAGGCGACUCGGGCCCAGAGAAGAUCCACAGACAAGUUUGCUCCAAUCAGAGAUAUCUUUGAGAUGUUUGCUCGGGCCUGUCGCCAACACUACAGCCCCUCUGAAAGUGUGACCAUUGACGAACAGCUCGUUGCAUUUCGAGGACGGUGUUCUUUUCGGCAGUACAUGCCGAAAAAGCCAGCCAAAUAUGGACUGACCUUUUGGGCAUCAGUCGACAGCACAUCCCACUACCUGCACAACAUUCAGCCCUACACUGGGAAACGAUCCGACCGGGUAGAAUGCCAUCUGGGGGCCCAAGUUGUCAAAGAACUUGCCAAGCCAUUGUUUGGGACAGGUCGGAACAUCACUGCCAACAGUUUUUUCAUCAGCAAUGACUUGGCCAACUACCUGUACACAAAGAACAUGACUCUUGUUGGAACAAUCAAAGGUAAUCGCCGUGAGGUUCCCUUGGAGAUGCGGAAGGGGACCAUACAGAAUCGGGCAACAAAAUCAUCACAGUUUCUGUUCUCUGACACAUCAACACUGGUUUCAUAUGUGCCCAAACCCAGGAAGAACAUCUUGCUACUAUCAUCAAUGCAUCAUGACACAGAAACACACCCCACUUCGAAGAAACCGGACAUCUUAAUAUACUACAAUGCCACCAAGGCUGGCGUACACACACUUGAUCAGAUGUGCUCCGUCUAUAACUGUGCCCGCAUCACUAGACGCUGGCCUAUGGCGGUAUUUUACCACCUUCUGAACUGUGCUGCUAUCAACAGCUUCAUCAUCUAUCUUCAAAUGAACCCCAAUCUUCAAGGUGAACAAAAAACCCGCCACAACUUCAUCCACCAGGUUGUCAGGGCCUUGGUCAACCCACAGGUGAUGAUGCGCCUGGCCCAGCCCCAACGACUGCCAAAGAAUGUGCUGAGAGCCAUGGAAGUCACAGGAUUUGUUGUCCAGUACCCAACCAUGGCACCUGCUAAACCCCACGAGUUGCCGCCACAGAGAAGAUGUGCCUCCUGUCCCCGUGGCCGCAGGAGGAGAACAAGACGUCUGUGCAGUGAAUGCAACAGAUUUUCGUGCGAGGUGCACAGUGUCAGCCAGACGACGGCCAUUGUCACCUGUUUGCAAUGCCAUUCAGCACAUUUAGGGUGACUGUAAAACACAGAUUGUGGCACCAGACCAAGGAAUGGCUAUUGUGCAUCUCUUUAGUGUCCUUACUUUUAAGUUGAGUUUCAAAAGCAUUUGGUUUACAGUUUUAGUGUGUUUACAGUGCAUAUUUCCCAAAGAUUAAGGUUCAUUUUUUCCCUUUUAUAAGGAUUUCACACACAUCCACUAAAAACCGGGGAGAGAGUGAAAAGAUAUAUAAACCAAACUUAACUUUAAUAUACCAAGCGUAUACUUAACUUGCAAAACUAUAUUAAAGUUUGGUAUAAGUUUAAGUACAAGUUUGGUAUAUCAUUUCAAUAUAUCUCUGGUACCAGUUUUAGUGGAUGUGUGUGUGUGUGAAAUCUAUUUUGUAUGCCCCUGACCACAACGCAACUUAGUGAACUGAAGGGUCCAGUUCAACUCCGUCUCUAGUCAACUCGGUCUCAAGUCAAUGCAGUCCUCGGCCAACUCAGUCCCUAGGGGAGAAUGUAUGGUGUGUAGUUGAAAGUAAGUAGUGAUUUGGUUGGUUUAAGCCGCGGCAGACGUGAACACAUUUUUAGACUGAAGUGAGUUUUUUCUUCAAGAAUUCAAUCAUGACCAUUAACUGUAGAAUAUGUAUAAAAAGGCUUCAGACUUUGGACGAGUUGACUUAGGUUUGAAUUGGGACCAAAGUAACCUGAGAGUUGACACAGUUGACCUGAGACCGAGUUGACUCAAGUUAUAUUCCUAGUGAAGUCCACUGAUUUGGUGCAAUGUAAUGUUCCCUUGACUUUCCCCGUGCAUUAGUGCCAAACAACGUUGUAGGAAUGAUGAUUUUAUUCAAUUGAAUACUGGUGUUAAUAACCUCAUCAUAGCUUUUGAACCUAAUAGAAAAAUACAGAAAAUCAGAACAGAAUAUGUUGACCUAGAAUUUCAUCAUACAUGUAACUUUCCAGUACCCCCAGAACUGAUGGACUCCAAGAGCUGUGGGGUUUGACAUCAGACCACACAGUUCUGGGGAUAGGGUUUGAUGUCCACUGAAAGCCAAGUUGACAUGGAAUGAGGCACUUUGUGUAAAAUUUUUUGGGUAAUAAAGCAAGGAGUAACCAUGCUAUAAAUUUGUACUUUUCAGGCAAUCGUCCCACGUGGUCAUGGAAGCUGACAUGUUGUUUGUGUAGUUUGUAUGCCCAACUUACAUACAUGUACAUGUACCAUGCACCCGACUUUUAAUAUUGAAUUCCACUGGUUACCUACAUGUACAUGUAACCCAGUUCCCACUUGGGCAGGAUGAAUUAGGCCCUGAUCCACUUUUAUUGGAAAUUAAAGCAUACAAUUAACGGUUUCUCCCUCAUAUGUUUCGAUUGUGUAGCAGGGAGCACAAGAAAUUGUGGAUUGACAACAGAAAUACCAACACAAAACGAAUGGUUUAUUUCAUACUAGACCUAGCUUUGGCUGCAGCUUGAAAUUAAGCACGACUCAAUUGGAACCGGCCACAGCCACUACCAUAGACUCUCAUGUAAAUUUGAACACCGCCUUAAGUACGUGUAGAUUGUUGCAGGGGUUGGUUCCAUUGUUGUUUCAAUAGUGUUGUGACAUGUACAAUUUUUGUACAUGUUCAGCAGUUCACAGCAACUCAAUACUAUCAUCAUUCACUCACUAAACUGUUACUUGAAAGUUCAGACAGGUGGCGAAAGUUUAUUAUGAGUUGAUGCUGACAUUUGUUCAAUCCAAUUUCAUUUUCAAGAGGACGAGGGAAACCAGUAUAAAAUUGCUGUUUGGUCUCAAGAACAAGGAGAAGUUGUCAGAUGAGGAAGCAACUGACUUAAUGAAAUUCCUAGUUUGUAACACUGUAGCAUUUGUGUUUGGGCACAAGUCAAUGGUGUACUACUUUUUUGCUACAAGUUUCCACCCCUUACUUUUCCAUAUCUAGCUUGUAAUAUGUACUGAGUAGUAUUGAGUUUGUGCAUGUCUGUGCAUGUUACUGGAGUGUUGUUUCAUGGCCACCGUAUAUGCGGCCAGCUGGGAAACGGGUAUGGCAUACCAAAUGUUUCAAUAUUCAAUUUGUCACAUGUGUAUGUUCACAAUAUGUGUUCAAUAUGCGAUGUUCACAAUGUGUUUAUAAUGUUGUGCAACAUUAAUAUGCAAUGGCCAAUUUACAUUUGUGAGAUAUUCAAGAGGUGCUGCAUUCUGCAUUCAACAUGUUCAACAUCUAACAUAUACAAAUGCAGUGUUCAAUAUUUUGUUCAAUAUUUAAUGUUUGACAUUUUAUACGUGUGAUCUUGAAAUAUAUUUGUUUGAUGUUUUCGCAUAUAUGCUCGAUGUUCAGGAUACGCCAGAGACGGCUACCCACAGGAUGUAUGCCGUUAGAAAUAUGUUUUCAAAAGUACAACCAAAUCUGGUGUUAAAAUGAAAAUCCCAUUAUCCUACUGGGAUGUCAACUAACAAGUACAUGUAUGCCUGUAUAUGAUCAACAACUUAAUACUGUCAUUCACUGUUGGAAGUGAUAACAGAUUGCCACAGUGGCUACCAGCUUUAUCAGAAAACAAAAUUAGUUUCAAUGUCACUUUUCAUCUGACUGAAAAAGUUACAAACUUGGACUCAUUUAGUAUGCACAUCAUACAAACAGUAUUUACAAUUUUUUUGUAACCGUGUUGAGUCACAAAUCAUAAUCAGGGUAUUGUUAUUAUUCAUAGAGUCUACUUAUUUUCUUUUCCACAUUUUGGAAUUUUUAGAAGAAAAUGGCUACAGUGGGAUGACAGUUGACAGCCCCUGUUCAACUGUUUCUAUUACUCAUACUUUGUUUCAAAAUACCAAAACCUUUACUGGAAUUACAUGUACAUUAAAUUAAUAGGCUCCAGAAUGUUCGGCAUGAAGACAAAAUAGAAGGAAAAAUAUUUUGUUAUCAGAUCUAUUACAUUUUUUAAUUCUGUGAAGAUGGUGCAGCUAAGGUAGUCAGGGAUGAUGCCACAUGAAAUUAACAGAAACCCCUUUCCAGAGACUACAAUGCUUGUUUGAACGAAGUCAGAAGUCGGUUACAAGUAGGCCAAUUUUUCACUUCCUGAUUGAGACGUGAACAUUCAAAUCAAAUGAAGUAUUUUAGUGCUUUAAAUAUUAAUUUGGAAGAUGGACAUUCUGAGGUGAUUCGUACACAUAACUUUCAGUGUACAAGUGGAACUUAAGAGCUUUUUAUUUUAAGAUGUUUCAUGGGGCUAUUGCCUUUAAUAAUUCUCUUUUUAAAAUUGGAAGGAAAGAUUUUCCCAACUGUGCUUUUUGUGAUAAAUGUCCCAAAACUUCUAUUUGUAUUUUUUAUGAGUGUGGUCACGUUUCACCCAUCUUGUCAGAGUUCAUAUAUUUUAACAAUCAAAAUAUCAAAGACUCCAUAUGGAAAUUUGAAUUCAUUUUUGGCAUUCCCCAUAAUAAUUUUUGAAUUAUGUUUUUCUUUGUACUAAGUUUUAUUUAUAAAGAUGUAAAUUCCAGACUCAAAUUUCGUGCUUUUGGGGGUUAAGAUUUUUUUACAAAAUUAGUAUGAUAUAGAAUAUAAGAUUGCUUUGAAAAAUCAAACCAUUAGUCUCCAUUACAAAAAAUUGAAAUUUUAAUUCUGUAGACCCUAUGCAAUCAUUUCAAAUGUACAUUUGUAGUGACCAUUUUUUCUACAUCUCUUCAUGGCCCCCUCUUUUUCUGAAAGAUUUUUUCUGUGAUACUUUCUAAUUAUCUCCUUUUUUCCAGUUUCCAUAAUUUUGUAUGAUUUGUGCUUGUACUUUCUAAUUUAUGUUUGUUUUGUGUUUUUUUAAUCAAUAAAACAGAGAAAAAAUAUUUUAAAAAUGCACGAGUCAGUGAUUUCUGUUGCUUUGUCUUGGAAGCUAUCCCUGCUGGGUGUCUUAAAAGGAAACCUGCUUUCAUUUGUUUCUUAGAUGUGAUUCAUUAUUUGUUAAAAUUGUUGUCUGUUACAUACCGAUGUCCAAAUAUUUUGUUAUGAACUUAUGACACCAAUAAAUCCACAUUUCCGUCACAGAUGACCUAUAGCACAUACACAAAAUGGUUUAAUGCUCUAAGGUCAAAUAGGGCUUUGCACUAGAUGCACCAUAGGUUUCUACAGUGUGUUGCAUGUCCAAAAAGG